CUUACAUGGUUUAGAAUACAGACUGUGUAUUUAUCUGUGCAUAUGGCAGCCCACGGACGCACUUUUGAGGCACUUAGUUCGCAACAUGGACAUUUGAAUAAUCACUUACGGAAAUGAGUGUGAUAGUUCAUAAAGUAGGGAGACUGGAAUAAUAAUGCUGGACACGUUUCUGUUAAAGUCCCCGUAGAAAUAAUGUUAAUGCAUUCGGGUAAUUAUAUGAACAGUUAAAUUACUCGAGUACAAGGUCAGUGAACCACCCUCCAGACUGCAGGUUAGGUAACGUAAAUUUAGCAGCAUUCAUUCAUUGGUUUGUGACUGUGGAAUGUGCGAUUCGCCUUUCUGCCAUGGAAAAUGCACAUACAGACACGUUUUUGAUAACUGGGGGAUGUGGUUAUUUUGGCUUCCGCCUGGCAUGUUCCCUGCACGAAAAAGGAGCCAAAAUUAUUCUGUUUGACACAGUCCCUCCAAACCAAGAAGUGUCAGACGAUUUUGUGUUUAUUGAAGGAGAUAUACGUGACUAUGCACACGUCGAGAGGGCUAUCGCCGGUGUGGACUGUGUAUUCCACAUCGCCUCCUAUGGAAUGUCAGGCAGGGAGCAGCUGAACCGGCAUCAGAUCGAGGCGGUGAACGUUCAAGGCACACAGAACAUCCUGAAGGCUUGCAUUGAACAAGGAGUGUCCAGGCUGGUUUACACCAGCACCUUCAACGUGGUGUUCGGAGGCCAAGUGAUAGAGAAUGGGGAUGAAAGCCUCCCUUAUCUACCUCUCCAUCUUCAUCCUGACCACUACUCCAGAACCAAAUCCCUGGCUGAGAUGGCAGUGCUACAAGCUAAUGGCAGGGUGCUGAAGGACGGCUCCGGAGUGCUGAGAAGCUGUGCACUGCGUCCUGCGGGAAUCUAUGGGCCUGGUGAGCAGAGGCACCUGCCCAGGAUAGUUGGCUACAUAGAAAAGGGGAUCUUCAGGUUUGUUUACGGUGAACGCAGUAGCCUGGUGGAGUUUGUCCAUGUGGACAACCUGGUGUCGGCACAUGAGCUCGCUGCAGAGGCUCUGACCUCCAAGCACCAGCAUCGCUCUGCUGGCCAGGCCUACUUUAUCUCAGAUGGCAGGCCUGUCAAUAAUUUUGAAUUCUUCAGACCUCUGGUAGAGGGCUUGGGCUACCCUUUCCCCCGACUGCGCCUCCCUAUCUCUCUCAUUUACUUUUUUGCCUUUCUCACAGAAAUGAUUCACCGCCUCAUUGGGCCCAUAUACAACUUCCAGCCACUGCUGACGCGUACAGAGGUGUAUAAAACCGGCGUGACACAUUACUUCAGCAUGGCAAAAGCUAAGGUGGAGCUCGGUUAUGAGCCCCAGGAGUACAACCUGGAUGAGAUUGUACAAUGGUUUAGAAGCAGAGGACAUGGGAAAAAAUCUCACAGUUCCGUCUUCCAUCGAUUGCUUCUAGAAAUCAUGUUUGCUGUUGCCUUUGUUACUGUGGCACUCUCUUUUCUUCCCCUUGUUGGCAGCUGAUGAGCAUUCUGAUGUUUUUUCAAAAUGUCAAGACUGGUUCAUAACUAUAAUUACUUAUUCAUUCAGAAAGGAACACAUGCACACACAGUAUCCACAGGCAUGCAGUUCAGGGAAAAGAUAUUAGAGUGACACCUGAGCAGUUAGGGUUCUUGCUCAAGGGCAUCUCAGCAGUGCCCAGGAUGUUACCUGCCACCUUUCCACACUGUACUGUGGUCCAGGCUGGACUUCAGUCAGUCACCCUUGUGUUCCCAAGCCAGAAGUCCCCAUAGACUGAGCCACUGACCAGACUGGUGACAAGUUUUAAUGUGCCAAACACAAAUGUGCACGUAUUAGUUCAAAAUUGUCAGCAUACUGGCAGGUUCUUCAGACAUAAAAAGUGUCUGAAUAACUCAAUGAAAGUAUUUACUGAAAAGAUUUUUUUACUGUAACAUCCAUCAUGUGAAAAUAAUCAUGUAAUACCCUAUUGUCUUAAUUUUACAUCCUGUAGUUGUUUUUGUACAUACAGAGAUUUUGCAAAUGCUACCUCUUUUCCCUCCACGGUUGGCCUUUGAAAAUAUCUCUCUGGAGGCAAAGAUCUAUAAUAUGUUCAUACAUAACCUACUUAUUUUUUUAAUUUUGUUUUUGUGGAAUGUUCUGAAAUGUUCUGAAAACUGUAAUGAAUAAAAUUCUAGAGACCAAAUUA